CUCUUCCAGAAAAAAGCCCAGGGUUUUAAGCAGCACAUUAAAUCAGAGUUUGCCAUACUGCACCAGUUUCUGCAGGACAAGGAACAGCAGCUGAUUCAACAGCUUGAGAAUGAAACAACAACAAUUAUUGGAAGGAUGAAGGAAAACCUGCAGAAAAUUGAGGAGAAGACUGAAACCAUUCAGAAGCAGAUAUCAGACAUUCAGUCAAAACUGCAGCAGGAGGACCCUCUUCUUUUUCUCACAGGCAUCAAGAAUGAAAUAGAAAGGACCAUGAAAGGACAGGAAAAAGAAGACAGAAUUCAUGUUGAAUUGGUUUCCGAGAACCUGAGUCCUGGGGUAUACAAAGGUCCCCUACAGUACUGUCUUUGGAAGAAAAUGCUGUCUGUUGUCAACCCUGAGCUUGUCACUUUAAAGCAAGAAGUGGAACAGCUACAAUAUCAACUAGUGACCGAAUUCACAGAAACCAAGAACGUACAACGUUUGCAACAGCUACAAGAUUCCUUGCUUAAAGAGGAGGAGAAACUCUGA